AUGUCACCAUUAACUGUUGCUGUUGGAGAGGCAAAACCCGGUGAAACUGCUCCAAGAAGAAAAGCUUCUUUAAGAGAAGCAUCAUUAUCACGUCCAAUUGAUUCAAAAGCUACUAAUAUUCCAGAAUUUAUAGAAGAAUGUUUUAAAAGAAAUGGUAAUAAAAAUGCUAUGGGUUGGAGAAAUUUACUUGAAAUUCAUACAGAAACUAAAGAAAUUACAAAAAAAAUUGAUGGUGAAGAUAAAAAAAUUAAAAAAGAUUGGACUUAUUAUGAAAUGGGACCUUAUAAUUAUAUAAAAUAUCCUGCAUUAUUAGAAUUAAUUAAAAAUUAUUCAAAAGGUUUAUUAGAAUUAGGUUUAAAACCAAAUCAAGAGUCAAAAUUAAUGAUUUAUGCUUCAACUUCUCAUCAUUGGAUGCAAACAUUUUUAAGUUGUACUUUUCAAAAUAUUCCAAUUGUUACUGCUUAUGAUACUUUAGGAGAAUCUGGUUUAACUCAUUCAUUAAUUCAAACUGAUGCUGAUGCAAUUUUUACUGAUAAUUCAUUAUUACAUACUUUAAAAAAUCCUUUAAAAAAAGCUAAAAAUGUUAAAUAUAUAAUUCAUGGUGAUUCAAUUGAUCCAACUGAUAAAAGACAAAAUGGUAAAAUUUAUCAAAAUGCUAAAAUUGCAAAAGAAGAAUUAUUAAAUAUUAAUCCAAAUUUAAAAUUUAUUAGUUUUGAUGAAUUAGUUGAAAUUGGUAAAAAAUCUCAACAAGAUUUACAUUUCCCAAAAACUGAUGAUUUAGCUUGUAUUAUGUAUACUUCAGGUUCAACUGGUGAUCCAAAAGGUGUUUGUAUUACAAAUGGUAAUAUUUUAGCUGCAGUUGCUGGUAUUUCAACUAAUGCUGGUAGAGAUUUAGUUAGUCCAAAUGAUAGUGUUAUCGCAUUUUUACCAUUAGCUCAUAUUUUUGAAUUAGCUUUUGAAGUUGCUACUUUAUGGUGGGGUGCUACAUUAGGUUAUGCAAAUGUUAAAACUUUAACUGAAGCUUCUUGUAAAAAUUGUCAACCUGAUUUAAUUGAAUAUAAACCAACUAUUAUGGUUGGUGUUGCUGCAGUUUGGGAAUCAGUUAGAAAAGGAGUUUUAGCAAAAGUUAAAAAAGCUUCACCAUUACAACAAAAAUUAUUUUGGAUUGCAUUUAAUGCAAAAGCAACAAUGAAUAAAUUUAAAAUUCCUGGUGGUUCAUUAUUUGAUAUUAUUUUCAAAAAAGUUAAAGCAGCAACUGGUGGUAAAUUACGUUAUGUAUUAAAUGGUGGUUCACCAAUUUCAAUUGAUGCUCAAAUUUUUGUUUCAACUUUAAUUGCUCCAAUGUUAUUAGGUUAUGGAUUAACUGAAACUUGUGCAAUGGGUACUAUUGCAGAACAUACAAGAUUUGAAAUUGGAUCAUUAGGUACUUUAACUGGUUGUAUAACUGCAAAAUUAAUUGAUGUUCCAGAUGCAGGAUAUUUUGCAAAAGAUAAUCAAGGAGAAAUUUUAUUAAAAGGAGCUUCAGUAGUUAAAGAAUAUUACAAAAAUGAUAAAGAAACUAAAGAAGCAUUUGAUGAUGAAGGAUGGUUUCAUACUGGUGAUAUUGGAGAAUGGCAAAGUAAUGGAGCCUUGAAAAUCAUCGAUCGUAAGAAGAAUUUGGUCAAGACACUUAAUGGAGAAUAUAUUGCCUUAGAAAAAUUAGAAAGUGUCUAUAGAUCCAACCAGUUAGUUGCUAAUAUCUGUGUAUAUGCAGAUCAAAAUCAAAUUAAGCCAAUUGGAAUUAUAGUUCCGAUUGAUGGAUUUUUAAAUCAACUUGGUUUUGAUGAAAAUACAGAUUAUGGUGAUAAAAAAUUAGUUGGUAAGGUGCUUGAUAGUUUGAAUCAAACAGGUAAAGCCCAAGGUUUAAAGGGGAUUGAGUUAUUACAAAAUGUUGUAAUUUCUCAUGAUGAGUGGACCCCUCAAAAUGGCUUUAUUAGUUCCGCUCAAAAAUUACAGAGAAAAAAAAUUGUUCAAAAAUAUGAUAAAGAAAUUAAAAAAGCUUAUGGUGAAUAA